ACGUAGCAGGGCCAGGGCGGGGCGGAUCAUUGAAAGCUGCACCCAUCCGUUCCCAUUUGCUCGCCACCAUCCCCCCAUCCAUCCAUCCAUCACUCGACCCUGUACCAGGCUACCACCAGUACUACUAUACUCCCCUCCGCCCCUCCCUCCCUCCCUCGUCCUGCCUGGUACUAGUAGUAGUACGCAUCGUUGCGGUGGGCAGUGAUCAUCAUCAAAGCCCAGCCCACAGAUAUAUACGCUUUCGGAAAGAAAGUGGGGGUUGGUUUCGCUCUGAGCUUUUUAUCCGGAGCCAGCCAGCCAGCCGCCGGGCCGGGACUUCUGUUAGGCGCCCAGGGGCUAGAUACACAGACACCUCCGUCCGUCCGUAUCCGAAUCCGCCGGGGCCGGGCGUGGAUACCUAGGCGGCAGGACUGAGCCAUCGAUGUCGGACUGCAGCACCGGCACGGACUCGCCGCGGGCGGACUCCGUCGACGAGCAGCCGCCCGCCGACGCCGAGUCGCCCGGCGGAGGCCAGAGCAAGCGCGACCACCCCUCGCCGUCGUCCCCGCUCCCGCCGCCAAAGCGCAGCCGGAGAUCUGUGGAGAAGAGGGUGGUGUCGGUGCCGAUUGCCGAGUGCGGCGAGCGGGCCAAGACCAACGGCGAGGGCCCGCCGCCGCCGGACUCGUGGGCGUGGCGCAAGUACGGCCAGAAGCCCAUCAAGGGAUCCCCCUACCCGCGGGGGUACUACCGCUGCAGCAGCUCCAAGGGGUGCCCGGCGAGGAAGCAGGUGGAGCGCAGCCGCACCGACCCCACCGUGCUGCUCGUCACCUACUCCUACGAUCACAACCACCCGUGGCCGGCGCCCAAGGCCGGCUGCCACCCGACCAAGUCCUCCUCCCACCGGCUGGUGGACCCCAAGCCCGAGCCCGGCACGCCGGUCGACUGCCAGCCGGAGCACGGGCCCGAAGCGCCGGAGCAAGGGCAGGAAGAGGAGCAUGAGCAGAAGCCUGUCAUCGGUCUGGCCGACGCCGCGGCGAUCACGCCGGUGACCGCGGCGGCCGAGGAGGAGGAGGAGAGCUUCGACUUCGGGUGGUUCGAGCAGUACCCGACGUGGCCCCGGACGGCGCUGUACGUGCCGGCGUUCGACGUGGCGCCGCCGGAGGACUGGGAGCGGGAGCUGCAGGGGGAGGACGCGCUCUUCGCGGGGCUCGGCGAGCUCCCGGAGUGCGCCAUCGUGUUCGGCCGCCGGCGCGAGCUCGCCCUGCCGGCCACCGCGCCCUGCUCCUGACCACCGUCGCGCCACCCCCCGUCCGAUCCCGUUUUUCCCCCUUUCUUCUUCUUUUCCCGUUCUCCGGCCGUAGUUUUACCCCGGAGUAAUUUGGAGGUGUAGUACAUAGCUUUGGAUCAGAUCAAAAGGAUUUCGCUGUUCAAA